AUGGAAAUUUUUGACUCGCUGGGAUAUGUGAUCAUCACUUUCAGCUAUAAUGUUACUGUAACCGGGAAGAUCUGGUUGACGUUAAUGAUCCUCCUCAGACUAGCUAUGGUUGUCCUUGCUGGUUACCCGCUCUACCAGGAUGAACAGGAACGCUUUAUCUGCAAUACAUUGCAGCCUGGGUGCUCCAAUGUGUGUUAUGAUAUCUUCUCCCCAAUGUCCCACAUGCGAUACUGGCUGAUUCAGACUCUGAUGAUCUUUAUACCCUACGCCUUGUAUAGCGUCCAUGUCAUACACAAAGUUCUGGCUUAUAUGGCCAAUGCAAAUGACCAUUGCAGAAAAAGUACCUCCUCCACUUAUCAUGGAGUGGGCUUACAAAUGGAAAUACUUGAUUUUUCUUGGGCUUAUCUUGUUCAUGUCCUGCUAAGGAUUUGUCUAGAGGUUGGCUUUGGUGUUGGUCAGUAUUUUCUUUAUGGAAUUUUUGUUCCAAGCAGAUUCAGCUGUUCGCAGUCUCCCUGCACCAGCAACGUUGACUGCUACAUCUCAAGACCCACUGAAAAGUCGCUUGUGAUGAUCUUUGUCUGGGGAACUGGAAUCAUCUCUCUGAUUCUGAGCUUGAUGGAUCUAACUGGAGUCUGUCACCGAAGACGAAGAUCAGAGAAGCUUAAACGACAGCUUCUUCUCCUGGAAAAUGAUUCUCUAAAAGGGGCUUGUUGCUCAGACACUCCUCCACAUACAAAGUUAGCUGUCACACCAGAUCAGAUGACUAUGUAUCCUGACUGUCCUUCACACAGCCUAGAGAAAAAGGAGGAACAAAUUAAAGGUGAUUCUCAUUCUCUGCCAUCAUUUGAAGGUGAAACAGCUUCUUUCCAAACUGACAAUUCUCACCAGGACAUGGGAAAGUCCAAUGUAAAUUCCAACAGCAACAAAACCUGUUCGUGGCAAGUAACUAUGUCUGGAAAUAACACACUAGGGAAUGAACAUCAACUGCUCACCCACCGGCAACCAAAGUCCAAAAAGGAGAUUUGUACUGCAGCUAGUAUGGCGGAUUCACCUCAACUAGAAAAAAAUGUUAGUUCAAAAAACAAAAAAUCGGAGUGGGUCUAA